CGUACAGACAGACAGACAGACCGACCGACCUUCCCGAUCCGCUGUAUGAAAUGAUCGUGUUUGUUAGGUUCAAUUCAAGCCAUGGAUUCCCAGUGGAGCUUGAUGCAAAUGCCAGCAUCCUCCAGCUUAAGGAGGCAGUUGCUAAGAGACAAGAAGUUCCAGCUGACCAGUUACGCGUGAUCUUUGCUGGAAAGGAGCUGAGCAAUGACCUGACACUGCAGAACUGUGACAUGAUCCAGCAAAGUACUGUUCAUGUGGUACAAAGCAUUUCCAACCCAAUCCAAAGUUCAGCUAGUAAUUCAGGCAGUGGGAUUCUUGAGAGGAGGAAUGGAAAUGAAGUGAUCAGCUUAACUCAAGUGGACCUCAGCACUUCUGUGUUUUCUGGACAAUCUACAGGUCUUGCUGACAUCCACGAUAUAGGAGACCAUACUCCCUCCACCCAGACUGGAAGUUCAGGCUCAACACAUUACAAAAGUUUUUACGUGUACUGCAAGAACUUGUGCAAAGCUAUACAACCUGGCAAAUUGAGGGUGCGAUGCAGCAAGUGUCAGCAGGGGACCUUGACUUUAACCAGGGACCCAUCCUGCUGGGAAGAUGUGCUGGUUAGAAACCGGUUGAUGGGUGUAUGUCAAGCACAGGAUUGUGAUGGAACUGUGGCUGAGUUCUACUUCAAAUGUGGAGCACACCCAACCUCUGACAGUGAUACAUCAGUGGUUUUGAACCUAAUUACCCCAAACAGGCAGCACGUGCCCUGUAUAACUUGUACUGAUACUGGUGAUCCAGUGUUGGUGUUUCCUUGUGCAGACUGCCACGUCAUAUGUCUAGAUUGUUUUCGUUUAUACUGUAUGACACGACUGAAUGAUCGCCAGUUUAUUCACGAUCCACAGCUUGGAUAUACUCUGCCCUGCGUGGCUGGUUGCCCAGACUCAGCGAUUAAAGAGCUGCAUCAUUUCCGAAUUCUCGGGAACCACCAGUAUGAUCGCUACCAGCGCUAUGGAGCAGAGGAAUAUGUGCUAUGUAUGAGAGGAGUGCUGUGUCCGAGCCCAGGCUGCGGAGCUGGUCUGCUUCCAGAUGCAGGUGUGCGAAGGAUAGAGUGCCUACAGCAAGAUGGAGUUGGCUGCGGGUUUGUCUUCUGCCGUGAAUGCAAGGAAGAAUACCACGAGGGGCAGUGUUGUGUACUUCGUGUGAGGGAGAGAGCUCCAGAACAGCAGGCUUAUGUUGUUGACCCUCAGGCUGCUCAGCUAGCUCGCUGGGAAGAGGCUUCAAGGCAAACAAUUGAGCAGACAACCAAGCCUUGUCCCAAAUGCCAUGUGCCAGUGGAGAAACAUGGAGGAUGCAUGCACAUGAAAUGCCCCAGAUCGUCUUGCCUGUUUCAAUGGUGCUGGCUGUGCGGCAUGGAAUGGAACCGUGACUGCAUGGGAGACCACUGGUUUGGGUAACGGACCAGAAAAGUGAAGAAGCACGAAUAGAACCACAGAACCCAAAGAUUCUUCUUCCACUCAGUUGUUCUUUGCAUUUCUUUCAGGAUGACCUCAAAGGGACAGUAAUAAGUACCCUCCUAGGCUAAAUAGAACAGAAUUAGUCCCAUUGCUGAUCACUGCAUAAUUAAACCCCCUCCCUCCCACCAGCAUAAAACAUGUGGGUGGGUAUGAACGAGAUUGGCUUUAGUUGUGAUGUGCUAAGAUGGCAACGCUCAAAAAACGCCAGACUAUCUGGCCUGAAAUUUCAAGCUUUUUCUUUAGAAAACUGUGAGUAUUUUAAUCCAUAAAAACAAUAUUAUCACUCGCAUUUAUCUCUCAUCUGAUUAAGCAAUGGUGGAGGCAGUUUGUGAUUUUAGUUGCCCUUGGUGUCAGGCAUUGCUUUUGCUGAAUCUUAUUUUGACAGAUGCAAUGUGACAAACUCAUUUGGCUUUUUAAAAUCAGUUUUCUUUUUCGUUUGAAAAAUUGAAUUAUGGAAAAGAUGUAUGAAACAUUGGCAGCCUUUGUCGUUUCCUUUGUAGGCCUCUUCAUUCAACAGUCAUGGAAUUUUUAAGCAAUUGAGGCCUCAUUGGAAAAAGGUGCAAAUUGAUGAGUAGCAGUUGUUAGACUUUUUAAUUUAUAGCUAAAAAGGCAGAUAACAUGGGUAAGAUAAUAAUAAGAUCACUUGUACUGCAAUCAUUUUCCAUCCAAAUUCUAUGUCAUGUCAAAACAAUGCUGCAUUGCUUAAUUAUAUAACUUGGUGUUUUUUCUUCACUAUUCGCCUAGUUUCAGGGCAAUCUUCACUUUAUUGCACAUUUUGUUAUUUGCACUGGAGCUGGAUAGUCUAAACGGUACUAUACACCAAAUGUGUAGACCUUGGCCAAUAGCAGUAGGCUAGAUUACAUAUUGUACAACAAAUAUAAAACAUUCUCUCCUUUCAACAGUGGGCACCGUACAUUCAUAAUGCCCAUGUGUCUCUCUUUGCUUGUGUAGCUCUCUGCUCUUUAGUAUCUCAAGAAUAAUAAAGUGAUACAAUUAAACUCUGUUUGAA